CAUGGCGGCGCUGAGCUGAGGUAGCGACCCGACUGGACUGACACGGAUAGCCUGGCUUUUCGUUAGCUUUCCUUGUCACCUGCUCACUCGCAGGGCCGGGCCGAAAAUGACGGCCUGAGAGAGAAGCGGUAACAGGGACCGAGAGAUGCAGCAGCAGCAGCAGCCACAGCAGCACAACUCACAGUCGAAGGCAGAAAACAGUAAAACCAAGAGCAUGUUUCUGUCCCGGGCGCUGGAGAAAAUCCUCUCGGAUAAGGAGGUGAAGAGGAGCCAGAACAGCCAGCUGCGCAAAGCCUGUCAGGUGGCGCUCGAUGAAAUCAAGGCAGAGCUUGAAAAACAAAAGGAUGGCACAGUGGUUCCACCUAGAGCCAACUACAUCGAGGCUGACAAAUAUGUGCUGCCCUUCGAGUUGGCCUGUCAGUCAAAGUCCCCCCGGAUAGUUAGCACCUCUUUGGACUGUCUGCAGAAGCUGAUCGCGUACGGCCACAUCACAGGCAACGCCCCGGACAGCAGGACCCCGGGCAAGAGGCUGAUCGAUCGGCUGAUGGAAACCGUCUGCAACUGCUUUCAGGGCCCGCAGACGGACGAGGGAGUCCAGCUACAGAUCAUCAAGGCCCUGCUGACGGCGGUGACCUCCCCCCACAUCGAGAUUCACGAGGGCACGGUGCUGCUUACCGUGCGAACCUGCUAUAACAUCUACCUGGCGAGCCGCAACCUCAUCAACCAGACUACCGCCAAGGCAACGCUCACACAGAUGCUCAACGUUAUCUUCACACGCAUGGAGAACCAGGCUGCUCUGGAGGCCCAGGAGCAGGAGAAGGACCGGCUCCGUCUGCCCCAGCAGAACCCGUCGCCAGUCCCAGGCAAUCGGCGGUCCGGCUCACCCCGGUCUGACCAGACACCGACUCCAGAACCCCAGAGCUCCCCAUCCCCAGCAGCCAGUUCUCCAGACCUCACCAACACAACCAGCUCCACGCCCCCACCGCCAGCCCCCGACCCGGACCAGGACCAAGACACACCAUCCAUCAAUGGAGAACCCGAGGGCGGAAACGCUCCGAUGAAUGGAGGAGCAGAACAGAUCACACCAUCAAGAGACUCAGUUUUUGAAGAUGGUGUGGAGACGCCUCCUGCAGCAGCUGAGCGAGCUGAAGAAGCGGACAAAGCAGAGAGCGAGCCAAAUCCAGCAGCGACUGAAGGAGAGCAACAAGGAACAGGAGGUGAGCAGCACCCUGCUGAGGAGCAGACAGAAGUGGCCCCCCCCAGGGUCAGGACAGAGGGUCAGCAGAUGAACGGCAUCAUUGAGGACCGCUCCUCUGUUUCCUCCACAGAUAUGCUGGAUGCUGAGGCGCUGCAGGGACCCCACAGUGCUGCCCGGUUCUCUCACAUCCUGCAGAAAGACGCCUUUCUGGUGUUCCGCUCUCUGUGCAAACUCUCCAUGAAGCCCCUCGCUGACGGACCUCCAGACCCAAAGUCCCAUGAGCUGCGGUCCAAGAUCGUGUCCCUGCAGCUGUUGCUCUCCGUGCUGCAGGGCGCCGGGCCCGUGUUCCGCACCCACGAGAUGUUCGUCAACGCCAUCAAACAGUACCUGUGCGUGGCGCUGUCCAAAAAUGGCGUUUCCUCUGUGCCUGAGGUCUUCGAGCUCUCGCUGGCUAUCUUCCUCACCCUGCUGUCACACUUCAAGGUCCACCUGAAGAUGCAGAUUGAGGUGUUUUUCCGGGAGAUUUUUCUGACCAUCUUGGAGACAUCGACUAGCUCCUUCGAGCACAAGUGGAUGGUCAUCCAGACACUAACACGCAUCUGUGCAGAUGCCCAGUGCGUGGUUGACAUUUAUGUGAACUACGACUGCGACUUGAACGCAGCCAACAUCUUUGAGCGUCUUGUCAACGACCUGUCGAAGAUCGCCCAGGGAAGGAGCGGGCAGGAGCUCGGGAUGACUCCUCUGCAGGAGCUGAGCCUGCGGAAGAAAGGUUUGGAGUGUCUGGUGUCCAUCCUGAAAUGUAUGGUGGAGUGGAGCAAAGACAUGUACGUCAACCCAAACCUUCAAGCUAACCUGGGCCAGGAGCAUCCGUCUGACAGUGAGGGAGGAGAGCUGAAGCUCCCCGAGCCACUGGCAGGACGUCGAGACAGCAUCAGCUCUCUAGACUCCACCGUGUCCUCCAGCAUCACCGCCUCCCAGGCGGACCACCCUGAGCAGUAUGAGGUCAUCAAACAGCAAAAGGACAUCAUCGAGCACGGCAUCGAACUUUUCAACAAGAAGCCGAAGCGAGGUGUGCAGUACCUGCAGGACCAGGGCAUGCUGGGUUCCACAGCAGAGGACAUUGCCCAGUUCCUCCACCAGGAGGACAGACUGGACACUACCCAGGUGGGAGAGUUUCUGGGCGAGAACAUUAAGUUCAACAAAGAGGUGAUGUACUGCUAUGUGGACCAGCUGGACUUCUGCGGGCGGGACUUUGUUUCUGCGCUCAGAGCAUUCCUGGAAGGCUUCAGGCUGCCCGGUGAAGCCCAAAAGAUCGACAGGCUGAUGGAGAAGUUCGCUGCUCGAUAUUUGGAGUGCAACCAGGGGCAGACUCUGUUUGCCAGCGCAGACACGGCCUACGUGCUGGCAUACUCCAUCAUCAUGCUCACCACUGACCUGCACAGUCCUCAGGUGAAAAACAAGAUGACAAAGGAGCAGUACAUCAAGAUGAAUCGUGGCAUUAAUGACAGCAAGGACCUGCCUGAGGAAUAUCUAUCCUCCAUAUACGAUGAAAUCGCAGGCAAGAAGAUCGCCAUGAAGGAGAGCAAAGAGUUCUCAAUCACCCCGAAGUCAACCAAGCAGAGUGUAGCCAGUGAGAAGCAGCGGCGUCUACUGUACAACAUGGAGAUGGAGCAGAUGGCAAAGACCGCCAAAGCUCUGAUGGAGGCAGUGAGCCACGCUCAGGCCCCCUUCUUCAGCGCCACACACCUGGAACAUGUCAGACCCAUGUUCAAGCUGGCGUGGACCCCCCUGCUGGCAGCGUUCAGCGUGGGACUGCAGGACUGUGAUGACCCAGAGGUGGCGUCAUUGUGUCUGGAGGGCAUUCGAUGCGCCAUCAGGAUCGCCUGCAUCUUCAACAUGCAGUUGGAGCGGGAUGCGUACGUCCAGGCUUUGGCCAGGUUCACCCUGCUGACGGCCAGUUCUAGCAUCACCGAGAUGAAGCAGAAGAACAUCGACACCAUCAAGACCCUGAUCACUGUGGCCCACACUGACGGAAACUACCUGGGCAACUCCUGGCAUGAGAUCUUGAGGUGUAUCAGUCAGCUGGAGCUCGCACAGUUGAUCGGCACAGGGGUGAAGACACGCUACAUCUCAGGGGUGGUCCGGGACAGCCAGGUCGGCAUCAAGGGCUUACCAUCCGGCACAGAGGAGUUCAUGCCCCUGGGGCUCGGUAACCUGGUGGGAAGUCAGGACAAGAGACAGAUGGCUCACAUCCAGGAGUCAGUGGGAGAGACCAGCUCUCAGAGUGUGGUGGUAGCUGUGGACAGGAUCUUCACUGGUUCCACCAGAUUAGAUGGAAAUGCAAUUGUGGACUUUGUGCGGUGGCUGUGCGCGGUGUCCAUGGACGAGCUGGCCUCAGCGCACCAGCCGAGGAUGUUCAGUUUGCAAAAGAUCGUGGAAAUCUCGUACUAUAACAUGAACCGCAUCAGGCUGCAGUGGUCUCGAAUCUGGCAGGUCAUAGGAGACCACUUCAACAAGGUGGGCUGUAACCCCAAUGAGGAUGUCGCCAUCUUUGCUGUGGACUCGCUGAGGCAGCUCUCCAUGAAGUUCCUGGAGAAAGGAGAGCUGGCUAACUUCCGCUUCCAGAAAGACUUCCUCAGGCCUUUUGAGCACAUCAUGAAGAAGAACAGGUCCCCCACCAUCAGAGACAUGGUGAUCAGGUGUGUGGCUCAGAUGGUGAACUCCCAGGCAUCCAACAUUCGUUCAGGUUGGAAGAACAUCUUCUCAGUGUUUCACCAGGCAGCCUCGGACCACGAUGAGACCAUCGUGGAGCUGGCCUUCCAGACCACUGGGCACAUUGUCAUGAACACCUUCCAGCAGCACUUUGCAGCGGCCAUUGACUCGUUCCAGGAUGCGGUGAAGUGUCUGUCAGAGUUUGUGUGCAACGCAGCUUUCCCCGACACCAGCAUGGAGGCCAUCAGACUCAUACGACACUGCGCUAAAUACGUCUCAGAGAGGCCACAGGCUCUGCGGGAAUACACCAGUGAUGACAUGAAUGUUGCCCCUGGUGACCGGGUGUGGGUCCGCGGCUGGUUCCCCAUUCUCUUUGAGCUCUCCUGUAUCAUCAACCGCUGCAAGCUGGACGUCCGGACCAGAGGUCUCACAGUCAUGUUUGAGAUCAUGAAGAGCUACGGUCACACCUUCGAGAAGCACUGGUGGCACGACCUCUUCAGAAUCGUCUUCCGCAUCUUUGACAACAUGAAGCUCCCCGAGCAACAGACAGAGAAAACUGAGUGGAUGACGACAACAUGUAACCACGCUCUGUACGCCAUCUGUGACGUGUUCACCCAGUUUUAUGAGCCUCUGAGUGAAAUCCUGCUGGCUGACAUCUUCACACAGCUGCAGUGGUGCGUCAGGCAAGACAACGAGCAGCUGGCUCGGUCAGGGACAAACUGUCUGGAGAACCUGGUGAUUCUGAACGGGGAGAAGUUCAGCCCCGAGGUGUGGAACAUCACCUGCUCCUGUAUGCUGGAGAUCUUCCAAAACACCAGCCCUCACGCUUUGUUGACAUGGCGACCGGCUGGACAGGAAGAGGAGACCACAGAUGGCAAGCAUUUGGAAGCUGAUUUUGACAGCUUAUCCCAGAGCAGCUACGACAGAGCUCUGUCUGAGAGAGGACACAGCCAGAUGUCCAGCGACGACACCUGGAAGAGCAAGUCCAAUGCAGGAGUUUCAGACCAGAAGCUGUUUGCUGGGCUGCUGAUUAAAUGCGUAGUCCAGCUUGAACUCAUCCAGACCAUAGACAACAUCGUCUUUUACCCAGCAACCAGCAAGAAGGAGGAUGCUGAGAACAUGGCUGCUGCACAGAGAGAUGCUCUGGAGGAGUCGGAGGCUGAGGGAGGGGAGGCGGGCUCAGAUCAGGGCAUGUACAGACACAUGACCUCUGCACACCUCUUCAAGCUGCUCGACUGUCUGCUGGAGUCGCACACCUUUGCCAAGGACUUCAACUCCAACAACGAACAGAGGACAGCACUCUGGAGGGCAGGCUUUAAAGGGAAAUCGAAGCCCAACUUGUUGAAGCAGGAGACCAGCAGUCUCGCCUGCAGCCUGAGGAUUUUGUUCAGGAUGUAUUCUGACCUUCAGCUGCAGGACUCGUGGCCCGACAUUCAGACACGCCUGCUGCUGGUGUGCAGUGAAGCUCUGGCCUACUUCAUCAGUCUGACCUCAGAGAGCCACAGAGAGGCUUGGAACAGCCUGCUGAUGCUGCUGCUGACCAGGACGCUACGGCUGCCCGAUGACAAGUUUAAGCCGCACGCCUCCUGCUACUACCCCCACCUGUGUGAAAUGAUGCAGUUUGACCUGAUCCCCGAGCUGCGGGCCGUCCUCAGGCGCUUUUUCCUGCGCAUCGGCUUCGUCUUCCACAUCGCUGCACCAGAGAUGGCGUCUGUCCGAACUCCCACAUCCUAGAGUGAAAAGGUGCAAGGUCAGGGGGAGGGGACGAAUGGAGAAAUGGAGAAGACAUUGAUGAGUAGAUUGCAGAUGGACGAAUAAGAGACGUUCCGCCUCUUUUGGACUGGAUGACAAAGACUGUAGCUUUUCUGUCUCAGUUCAGGAGUCUGCAUUAAAGUGUUCUGCUUUUCUACUCAGCUCGUAGAAAAGUCUUCACCCUGUCCUUUUUCCCGUCUCUUCUCUCGGGGAUGAACAGCACUGUGACCAGCACUCUCUGCUGACUGUUGUCCUUCAUCGUCCCCCCUGACUCUCAUCUCAAACUGUAAUGACAAGAAAAGAACUGUAAACAAAUAAUUUAUUGAUAUUGUACCUGAUUUUGAUGGGUUUGUUUUUUUUUUUUUUAAAUACUUUAAAAAAAAAAAGAAAGUCUAUGCUGAAAGCAAAUGAACGAAACCAUUGAAUUGGAAGACGUUUGCCCUUUGCGAAAAUCUCUUUCGGCCACCUGUGCCUGAUAGGAAAUGAUGACACCCAUCAGUGUCGCCCAUAUGGUGAGUUUGGUGAUCUACUUAAAAUAAUUUGUAAUAUCUCAUGUUUAGACACCCAUCGCAAAGCAUCAUUUGUCACUUUAUUGUUUUUGUUUCCUCUUUUGUGUGUGUUGUUCGGUAGCAGGCUUAAAAAAAAAAAAAAAAAGACAAACUCAGCUGCGGGUGAAAAUCAACACUAUCAGUGACCUAAUGUUUGUGACGCACCGUUCUGUCAUCUUUAUAAUUCCUUGCCUGUCAAAGAGAUUUUACUUAUUUAUUUUUGCUCACUUGCUUUAAUUUGUUUUAUGAUUGUUUUUUCAGGAUAAUCGCUGGUUUACAAUGAAAGUUUGGUUGAAAGACAUGUUAUGUCCUUCUGUCAUGCAUUCCUUUGUGUGUGUGUUGACCCAGUAAGCCUUACAACUGAAGGACUUAUAGGAGUCAACUCCUCAUGGCUUUAAAGUCACAACUGGCUCAUAAAACCCUCCGCUAAUCCAUCAGCUGGCCCUACAAGGUGACGGAGUCGCUGUCUAUUUCCCACUCUAUUUUGCCUACCUGUUGCAGAGAGUUUUCUCACGUAUUAACACCACGCAGCAGGUCAACGUGGAUGUUUGGAACGCCCAUCAGUGUUGUGUCGCAUUCAGCAGUUCAACCACAGAAAAGGUUCAGGAACGGAAACCAAAACUGGCAUCUACAGAGGCACUGGAGUCUCUGCAUCCUGGAUCCAUCCUGGUUUAUUCCAUGCCUUUUUUUUUUUUUUUAAAAAAAAAAGAAGGAUGUAUGUAAUUAUUUAAAGUGCAUUUAAAUAUUUUUUGAGAAGCAUUCCUUCCCUUGCAACUAUGGAUGUCUACUUUUCUUCCCUAAAGCUAGGGAAUAUAUAAAUAUAUAUAUAUAUACACAGAAAAAGAGAAAACGCAGACUGUAAAGUUUUCAAUGUAAGAUACAUAGAAAUGAAAGUGCUAUAUGGUUCUAUACAUAAUAUUGUGAUGUAAUCUUCCAAACAUUUGGUGAAGUAAUCAAUAAACCCAAAUUCUGAUCCAC